ACGUACCCCAGAAAAAUACUGGAGUAUAUGGAAGGAUUCCUCAUCUCCAAGACCGUUUUCUCCUCAUGCGAGCUGGGUGUGUUUGAUGUGCUGCUGGCUUCAGAGCGUCCCCUGUCUGCAGAGGAGAUCAGUCAGGCGAUCGGAGCCAGUCUGGAUGGCACACAGAGACUGCUGGCUGCCUGCACCGGCCUGCAGCUACUCAACACACACCAGGACAAAGGACGAGUGUUUUACAGUAACACAGAGCAGGCCAGUGUCUACCUGACCCGCUCCAGUCCUGUAUCCCUCUACCAGUCCAUCCAGUACAGCUCCAGAACCAUCUACCUCUGCUGGCACUACCUGACCGACGCUGUCAGAGAGGGAAGAAAUCAGUAUGAAAAGGCUUUUGGAGUCACCUCGAACGACCUGUUUCAAGCUCUCUACAGGUCUGAUGAGGAGAUGCUGAAGUUUAUGCAGUUAAUGAACUCCAUUUGGAACAUCUGUGGUAAAGAUGUGGUCACGGCCUUUGACCUUUCGCCUUUCAAGAUCAUUUGUGACCUUGGUGGCUGCAGUGGGGCAUUAGCCAAGCAGUGCACGUCAGCCUACCUGGAAUGCAGCGUUACAAUCUUUGACCUCCCCAAGGUGGUGCAUAUGUCAAGGAAACACUUUGUCACGGAGGCCGACCAGAGGAUUAGCUUCCACGAAGGGGACUUCUUCAAAGACCCCCUGCCAAAAGCUGACCUCUAUAUUCUUGCCAGAAUCCUCCACGACUGGACAGAUGAACGCUGCAUAGAGCUACUCAGUAGAGUCUACAAAGCCUGCAAACCAGGAGGCGCUGUGUUUCUGGUGGAGGCGCUGCUCCAUGAGGACGGCUCUGGCCCAGUGACGGUGCAGCUCUAUUCCCUGAACAUGCUGGUACAGACGGAGGGCAAAGAGAGGACAGCUGCUCAGUACGCUGCCCUGCUGGCUGCCGUCGGCUUCACCGACAUCCAGCACCGCCUCACUGGGAAGAUCUACGAUGCUGUGCUGGGACACAAGGAGACAUGAGACCGACAAAUAAGGCUACUUUCAGUGCCAGGACUGAAAACUUACACCACCUGGAAGAAAAAUG